AUGGCAGCUACGGAUAUGUUUCGUUACGUGUAUAUGUACGGAAAGGAUGAAGAUUGUAGUGGAAUGAAUUUUGUGGAUAACAACAAUAUGACAAAUUUAGUCGGUUCAACUGGGAUGGAACAUUGCAGAUAUUUGACAGAUUACCAGCAUACGCCAACAGGAAGUUAUGUGGAUUACCAAGGCAGUAUAAGCAGUCCAGGAAGUCUUAGUCCAUGCGAUCCUAGACUUAAAAACGAGUCUAUUUCUAAUGACUUCGAAGAAGAUGACAGUGGAGAUGAAGCUUUGUAUGGAGAAACUUCUUCCACUGAUGACAAUAAGAAACACAUUGGAAAUAAUGGCAAAAGAGGAAAAGCCGUUAGUCCAAUUAUAAUGAAGAAGCGUCGACUAGCCGCCAAUGCCAGGGAGAGACGGCGGAUGCAAAACCUCAACAAAGCAUUUGACAGACUCCGCACCUACCUGCCAACUUUAGGAAACGAUAGGCAGUUAUCAAAAUAUGAAACCCUACAAAUGGCACAAACUUACAUUACGGCUUUAUAUGAUUUGCUGCAGUGA